AUGUUAUUCAAUAGGCGAUAUUGUAAUAAGUUGCUUAUUGAACGAGCAAAUGGAAUAAGCUUGCCAAUUAUCGCCAAUUUUUUGUGCAGCAACAGUGGAAAAGCAGUUCAACGAGAAGAAAUGGCCAGGACACCAAAAACUGUUGUAUUGUUACUUCAUCAUGGACAGCCUCGGACAUUAUUUUAUGCUCGCGAAUAUUUAACGAAAAGCACAAGCGAUUUUUUCAAAAUCCCUAAAUGGUUAGCUGCGACAUUGAUAAAUUCAACAUGGCGAUUUACAAGUAAAACUAGGCGAGCCGUUAUGAAUUAUAAAGAAGAUAAGGCAUUAAACGGUAUUAUAGAGAAAUAUUCAAUUUCAUUAGAAAAAUGCUUAAAUGAGGUAAUUCCCGAAUUCGGACCGAUUUCUUGCAAAUAUGCAUUUCUUUAUGAAAAUCCAAACGUUAAUGAUACAAUCACUAAACUUAUUAGAAAUGGAAUGGAUCGAAUUGUUUUUGUUCCUUUAUAUCCUAACUAUUCUUGUUUUCAAACGGGAUUUUUGCUUAAUGCAGCCGUCAAAACAAUUCGAAAUAUUACUGUCGCAUUGCCAGAAAGUGUCGAGACAAAUGAUUCACAUCGAAUAACUCCCAUGUCUGGUGUUUCAUUUGACUGCUCAGUGGUUGAUAGAUGGGGUACUCAUCCUGCCGCUAUCUGUUUCUGGCUGGAUCAUUUGAAUGGUAAAUCGAGAUUUUUUGACAGUGUAUUAUUCGUUGCUCCGCGAUUGUAUUUGUACAAUGCAAAAGAAUAUGAACGCGAAGUUUGGAGCAAUUGCCAACGAAUUAUGGAUCAUUUGGACAAUAAAGUAUGGUGUCUCGCAUGGUAUAGUGGAUGGGAUCAGUGGAUGGUUCCAUUCUCGGAAUCAAUUUCUUCACAAUUACAGUUCUUGCAAAAACACGGAAGAUUUCAUACUGUUGUUGUACCAAUAAAUACUAUAUUGCCGACUUUCGAUUCUGAAAGCAUUCUUCCUUAUCUCUUGCAAAAGAUGGAAGUAGACUUGGCGCAUCCAGUCGAUUUUUCUCUAACAUUUCUUCAUGCCUUUGCUGAAUUAAUUAAAAAUCAUUUGCUUGGACGACCCAGUUCAGCUCAGCUGUCAAUUUUUUGUAAAUAUUGUUUUGAUAAAAAUUGUGUUUCUACGCGAGAAAUUUUGACAAAUAGAUAUAGUAAAUCUAUGUUCCACACUAUUGCUCUGUAG